AUGAGGCAGUGAGGCAGAGGGAUGAAGGAGAGAGAGGAGUUGCAGAAAGCCGUGGAGCAGCGUGACCGGCUGCUGUCCCGCGUGCGCCAACUGGAGGGAGAGAAUGCAGAGCUGUGUAAGGACAGGAGUGAGACAUUCACUAGGAUGCGUGCCGAACAGGAGGGCUUACAGCAGGCCGAGCGGCGGUGCGCACAGCUGAUGCAGGCGCGGCGGGAGCUGGAGGAGGAGCGGGGUGUCGCCGCCCUGCUGGCCACGCAGAGGCAGCGGCUGGAGGCUGAAUGCCAUAGCCUGCGGCAGGACCUGGAGGAGUUGGAGAGCACGCUGAGCGCCGUGGAGAGGGACAAGCAGUCGUCGGACUGCACUGUCAGGAAGCUGUCGGAGGAGCUGUCCCAGAGAGAGCUCCUGGUGCAGACGUUCCAGGAGGACAAGGAGCAUUUGGUGGAGCUCAGUCAGCAAGCCAUCGAGGACUUACAGUGCGAGGAGGAGAAGGUCAACCUCCUGACUAAGGAGAAAGCCAGGCUCCAGGAGCACGUGGAGGAGUUGGAGCAGCAGCUGGAGGAGGAGAGGAAGCAGCGCGGCGAGUUGGAGAGGAGCAGGCGCAGACUGGAGGGAGAUAGCAGGAGCAACAUGGAGAACCUGAACGAGCUGGGAAAGAUGAGGGCCAGUUUGGAGGAGCUCAUCAAAAAGAAAGAUAUGGAGAUUAGUGCCGCCAGCAGCCAGCUAGAGGCAGAGGAAGCACUGAGUGCAGGCCUCCAGAAAAAGACUAAGGAACAGCAGGUCCGUAUUGAGGAACUGGAGGAAGAACUGGAGACAGAGAGAUCUCUGAGGGUGAAGGUGGAGAAGCAGCGCGCCGAUCUGACGCGAGAACUGGACGACCUGACGGACCGGCUGGAGGAAGCAGGAGGCGCCACUGCCUCGCAGAUGGAGACGACGAAGAAGCGCGAGGCGGAGCUGCAGAGGCUUCGGCGCGAGCUGGACGAGUCGGCGGCGCAGGCGGAGAACGCGGCAGCAGUCCUGCGCCGUCGCCACGCUGACGCCCUGGCUGAGCUCACCGAGCAGAGCGAGGGCCUGCAGCGCACACGCGCCAAGCUGGAGAAGGACAAGCACAACCUGCGGCUGGAGGUGGAUGACCUGGCCGCCUCUCUUGACGCCCUGCAGAAGGCCAAGGCAUCGACUGACGCCCAGCUGAGGAAGCUCGAGGACUUGCUGGCGGAGGCCAAUUCUAGGAACGAAGAAUUGCAGAAAGCCCUCAGUGAAACCAUGGUGACCAAGAACAGACUGACAGCUGACAAUAACGAGCUGAGUCGUCAGGUGGACGAGACGGAGGCCCGGUGCAGCCAGGCCAGCCGCUGCCGGACUCUGCUCUCAGCCCAGCAGGAUGAGCUGCGCAGACUGCUGGAUGAGGAGAACAAGAGUAAAGCAGUGCUGGGCAGCAGCUUGGCGGCCGUGCGGCAGGAGUGUGAGGCUCUGAAGGAGCAGCUGGAGGAGGAACAGGAGAGCAAACUGGAGCUGCAGCGCCUCGUCUCCAAGCUCAACAGCGACGUCACACACUGGCGCAGCCGCCAGGAGGCCGACGCCGCCCAGCACAGCGACGAGCUAGAGGAGGUCAAGAAGAAGCUGUCAUCUCGGCUGCAGGAGGCAGAGGAAGCGGUGGAGGCCAUGCAGGCCAAGUGCUCCAGCCUGGAGAAGAGCAAGCAGAGGCUACAGGAGGAGGUGGAAGAGCUGUGCCUGGACUUGGAGAAGGCCAACAGCGCGGCGGGGACGCUGGAGAAGAAGCAGCGUGUUCUGGACAAGCAGCUGGCUGACUGGAGGCAGAAGAGCGAGGAGCUGGGGGCCGAGGUGGAGGGCUGUCAGAAGGACAGCAGGCAGCACGCCGCCGAGCUCUUUAAGCUCAGAACGGCCUACGAGGAGGCCAUGGAGCAGAGUGAGGCCCUGCGCCGGGAGAACAAGGCCCUGCAGGAGGAAAUGGCCGACCUCAGUGAACAGCUUUCCGAUGGUGGGAGGAGUGUGCAUGAGCUCCAGAAAAUGAGAAAGAAGAUGGAAAUGGAGAAGGAUGAGCUCCAGGCGUCACUGGAGGAAUCCGAGGCAGCACUGGAGGUUGAGGAGACCAAGCUACUUCGCCUGCAGCUGGAACUCACUCAAGCCAAAGCAGACAGUGAACGGCGACUCCAGGAGAAGGAGGAGGAGCUGGAGACUAUGAGAAAAAGCCACCAGAGGGCACUGGAGUUACUUCAGGCUGGCUUGGACGUGGAGACAAAGGGCAGAGCAGAAGGAGUGCGACUGAAGAAGAAGAUGGAGAGCGAGCUAAAUGAUCUGGAGGUGCAGGUGGACCUGCUCAGCAAGAACAACAGCGAGCUUACGAAGACCAUCAAGAAGAUGCAACAGCAGAUGAAGGACCUGCAGUCUCAGCUGGAGGAGGAGGCGCGGGUGCAGGAGGAGCUGAGGGAAGAGCAUGCCUUGCUGGAGCGCCGCUGCGCCCUGCUGGUCACGGAGGGUGAGGAGAGCCGCGCCAGCCUGGAGGCAACAGAGAGGGCACGCAAGGCCCUGGAGACCGAGCUGCAAGAAGCCACCGAGAAGUACAAUGAGCUCGACAACCAGGCGCAGUCUAUAUCCAGCGGGAAGCGAAAGCUGGAGGUGGACAUUCAGCAGCUGAGCCAGGAACACGAGGAACUGCAGAGCGAACUCAGAGGGGCUAACGACAGGGCCAAGAAAGCAGCGUGCGAGUGCGCGAGGGUGGCGGAGGAGCUGAGGGUGGAGCAGGAACACGGCAUGCAUCUACAGCGGGUGAAAAAGGGUCUGGAGGCGCAGCUCAAGGACAUGACCGCUCGGCUGGACGAGGCCGAGCAGCUGGCCUUGAAAGGAGGCAAGAAGAUCAUCCAGAAACUGGAAGGCAGGGCGAAGGAGCUGGAGCUGGCUCUGGAGACGGAGCAGAGGAAGAACGGCGAGACGGCGAAGACGCUGCGGAAGAAUGAGCGGCGCCUGAAGGAGCUCCUCUUCCAGUCCGAGGAGGACCAGAAGAACCAGCAGAGAAUGCAGGAGCUGGUGGAGAGACUGCAGAUCAAAAUGAAAACCUACAAGAGACAAGUGGAGGAGGCCGAGGAGCAGGCCAACGCGAACCUGGCCAAAUACAGGAAGACCGUCCACGAGCUGGAUGACGCAGAAGAGCGAGCUGACAUCGCUGAGUCUGCUCUCACCAAGAUCAGAAGCAAGAACAGAGGCAGCUUCGGCAAGGGCUAUUCGUCAGGUUACAGUACUCCGUUCCAGGGGAUCGUAAGGUCACCCAGCUCUGCUGGGUCAGAGGGCAGAGGCGAGAAGAUCCUCACGGAUGACGACGAGUCCGUCAGUUCUCUCAUUCCCACCUAUCUCAACUCCCUCAAGAAGCUGAUGGCUGACUAGUGCCUUUGAUCGGGAGUGGGAACUGCUGGCUCGACCUCUGGAAAGAAUUUCUUGAUUUAAGAUUUCCAAGAAAGAUUUCAGAUGCUAAAAUAACAAAAACUUUGGUCCCCACAAGCAUUUAUUUUCAGUAUUAUUCUCUUUUUUGUACUGCAACAUUUGUGUAAAACAUAAUGAAGUCCAUAAGUAACUGGACAGUGGUUAUUUUUACUGUUUUGUUCUUCGGCACAUUUGAUUUGAAAGAAAUCCAAGCAUAUAUGCGCGCACACACACACACACACACACACACACACACACACACACAUAU